CCGAAGAAGAAGAACCAGGCUGCAGUCAGCUGACCGGGCAGAGCGAGAGCUACAGCUAACGCUACGUCCGGCCGGUGCACCGGGACUUCCUCCGGUUUGUUCCCCGGGGUCCCCCCUCCUGAGAAGCGGAUCAUGGCGUUCAUCACAGCCAGCUGGAACCCGCUGGGAGACGCCUUUUACCGUAAGACGGAUCUGUAUGAGAUGAGCUGGAGUCUGCGUGAUGGACUCAGAGACAGUCUGGUGGCUGCAGCUCCAUACGGAGGCCCCAUCGCCCUGCUCAGAGAACCUCAGCGGCGUUCUCCGAGUUCUCGUCCUCAGCUGGAGAUCUACUCUGCGUCAGGAGGCACCGUCGCCAGCUUCCCCUGGAAAAGUGGUCCAGUGGUCCAGCUCGGGUGGACGGUCUCUGACGAGCUGCUGUGUAUCCAGGAGGAUGGCACGGUUCUGAUCUAUGACCUGUUUGGAUCCUUUAAGAGACACUUCAGUAUGGGACAGGAAGUGGUCCAGAGUCAGGUGUUGGAGGCCAAAGUGUUCCACUCCCCUUAUGGGACAGGUAUUGCCAUAGUAACAAGCUCCUCCCGUUUCACCUUGGCCACCAACAUCGAUGACCUGAAGCUCCGGAGGUUACCUGAAGUCCCAGGUCUGCAGGGAAAGCCGUCCUGCUGGGUCGUCCUCACUCAGGACAGACAGACUAAAGUCCUGCUGUCCAACGGACCGGAACUCUUCAUCCUGGACAACACGUCCUGCACUGUGGUGUGUCCUCCAGGCCUCAGUCCUCAGGAUGGCAGCAUUGUCCACAUGACUGUGUCUUUCAGCUAUAAAUACCUGGCUCUCCUCACUGACAGUGGACACCUGUGGACAGGCUUGUCCACCCUACAGGAGAAACUGAGUGAAGUCGACACCAAGAAGACCACGGCGCCCAAGCAGAUGUUGUGGUGUCGCAGACCAAAGAGCCAACAGCCAUCUGUGGUGUUGAUGUGGGACAGACUGCUCCUGGUGGUCGGGGUGUGUAAUGAGACCAUCCAGUAUCCCAUUGAGGAUCCGUGUGUUUUGGUGGGAGAGAUGGAUGGAGUUCGGAUAAUCAGCUCGUCCAAUCAGGAGCUGCUGCAGGAGGUUCCUCUGGUCUGUCAGGACAUCUUCAAGAUCGCCUCCAUGGCGCCUGGAGCUCUGCUGUUGGAGGCCCACCGGGAGUACGAGAAAUCGAGUCAGAAGGCGGACGAGUACCUGCGGGAGAUCAAGGAGCAGAGCAUGCUGGGAGAAGCAGUCAGACAGUGCGUGGAGGCGGCAGGUCACGAGUAUGACACCAACACCCAGAAAUCCUUGAUGAGGGCGGCGUCCUUUGGGAAGUGCUUCCUCACAGACUUCAGUCCGGAUCAGUUCGUGACGACCUGCAGGGAGCUGCGAGUGCUGAACGCCGUCAGAGACAGCAGCGUAGGGCUGCCACUCACACACACUCAAUUCAAACAGCUGACUCUACAGGUGCUGAUUGACAGGUUGGUGUAUCGGCAGUUUUACCCAUUAGCCAUCGAAGUCUGUCGUUACCUGAAGAUCCCUGAUUAUCAGGGAGUCAGCCGAGUCCUCAAACACUGGGCAUCAUGCAAGGUGCAGCAGAAGGACUUAUCAGACGAUGCCAUAGCACGAGCAGUGUGUGUGAAAGUGGGAGACUCACCUGGGGUUUCGUACUCGGACAUCGCAGCUAAAGCUUAUGAAUGUGGACGAGCAGAGCUCGCCAUCAAGCUCCUGGACUUCGAGGCUCGGUCUGGAGAGCAGGUUCCUCUGCUGCUGAAGAUGAAGAGGAGUCAGCUGGCUCUCAGUAAAGCUGUAGAGAGCGGAGAUACCGACUUGGUGUACACGGUGGUGUCGUACCUGAAGAACGAGAUGAACAGAGGAGAUUUCUUCAUGACUCUGAGGAACCAGCCGGUCGCUCUCAGCCUUUACAGACAGUUCUGUAAGCUGCAGGAGCAGGAAACUCUGAAGGACCUGUAUAACCAGGACGAUGACCACCAGGAACUGGCCAACUAUUACGUCACUGCAAGCUACAAGGAAAAGAGGUUGGAGGGCCGGCUGUCUCUCCUGCAGAGCGCUGUCGAUGAGUACAACAAGGCCAAGAACGAGUUUGCAGUAAAGACCACAGAGGACGAGAUGCGUCUGCUCCGUUUUCAGCGCAAACUGGAUGAUGAGAAAGGGGCGGGGCUUCUUGGACUGUCCCUACAGGUGACCAUGGAGACGCUGUUGUCAUUAGGACUCCACAAACAGGCAGAGCAGCUUUACAAAGACUUCAGAGUACCUGACAAAAGGUAUUGGUGGUUGAAGUUGAAGUCUCUGGCGGAGAAGGAGGAGUGGGAUGAGUUAGAGAAGUUCUCAAAGAGUAAGAAGUCUCCCAUUGGCUACCUGGCGUUUGUUGAAGUUUGCAUCAAGUGUAACAACAAGUACGAGGCCAAGAAGUACGUUUCCAAGGUGACGCCUGAGCAGAAGGUGAAGGCCCACCUGGCCGUCGGUGACCUGGAGGGGGCUGCGGAUGCCGCCAUUGAGCGCAGGAACGAAGCUGAGAUCGGGGCGGUCCUCUCCAGAUGCUCCGCCUCCAACAGCCUGGUGAUCGAGCGGCUGAACCGAGCUCGGGCCGCCAUUGCCAAAAAGUGAGCUUCCACUCUUGAGCGUGACGUUGGUGGGAGCCAGCUGCUGUUACUGAUCAGAGACUGUGAUUAAUUAUUGAUCAACUGAUGCUUUCUUCUUCUUCCCUUCAAUUAAAAGCUUUGACUCUAUUCACACUCGAGCGCCACACCUGGACAGAAGCACUUCCUGCUGCUGUCCCUUCACAAUAAAAGCUUCAGUGUGUAGCAUGGCAGGUGUUAUAUUGUGAAAGAGGACAGUAAGUGUCCGAACUGACUGCAUGUGUCAGUUUGUAUGUUUUUAAAUGUUGUUAGUCGAUCAAUAAACAUGAAAAACACAGAGUGCAGUUCUCAGUCUGGCCACCGGGAGGUGACAAAUAUAAAAAAGCCUCUUUGUUCUGUAAAUAAAAUCCUUUUCUAUUAGUGCCCACUUGGAUCAGCUCUCCAUGGUUUUCAGGGUUUUUCAUUAGAUCAUAGUACUUGGUAGCCGUGUUGUGCCAAGUGUUCCCGAGUCUGAAGAAAAGCCACAGACCGAGCUGCAGAUAUGUCGUCUCCUCCACGUCCACUUUUGUGGUAGUGUUCGUUUCGCAUGCUACAUACAUUAUGAGGUACUGGACUGUAAUGGAAAACCAGUCGACCCGAGUAUAUAUUAAUGGGAAAAGGGACUUAAAAACAAGUUUGUAAACGAGUUGAUUCUAUUCGUCUGGACGCAGCCUUUUCAGAAAUGUCUGCCAACCUCACAGCACCUUGGUCAUUCAAUGGGCUCUGUCGUGUUGGCGCCGUGCAGCCCCACGCAUGGGGUGAUCCGCGUUAACUCGCUAACGGAGAUUUGCCACUUUUAUGCGGUUACGGCGUUAACGUCAUUUUAACGAGAUUAACGCUGACAGCACUAAUAUGUGUGUGUGUGUGUGUGUAUAUAUGUACAGUAUUAGAUUUCAUUUUUCUACUACUGUAACUGUGGCUUAGCAAGCUUUCUUAGUGUUCUUUUAAACUCUCACUCAUGACAAUUAGUUAUACUGAAAACUAUUUUAAAAUUAGGCUAAUAGGGAAACCACAUGGUAUUGUUUAAGUCAGUGGUUCCCAAACUUUUUUUUGCUAGGCCCCCCUUUGUUUUACAAGAAAAAUGUUUAAAUUCCUAGUUUACUCAGUGUUCAUAGUUUUGUCAUAGUUUUUUCACUGAGUGUCACAGCCUUCUGUUAACACAGUGUUCAUAGUCUCCUUAGUUUCCCUAGUUUCAUGUUUUUCUUCUGCAAUCAGCCACAAUAAAGGCUCACUUUAUUUUUGAAACUUCGUUUUGUCUCCACCGUGUCUGCAUCUGGGUCUACCUCAUGCUUCACACCGGCGCACCCCGCCGUGACAGUACGAUCUGACCAUGUCAGACCCAGCGGACAGUCCGGACGAGAUUGGGGAGGAGCUGCAGCGGAUCAGCCGGCUCAUGACGCGCAUCUGUGAG